AUGAAACCUGUUUGGAGAUUGAUAUUAAUCCUAUUUUAAAUCAAUGGAUUAGGGUUUUCAAUUUAUUACUAUUUAAAAUCAUUGGAAAAUACGAAUUUGGUAUAUCUGAUCAUCUAGGCUCUUUUGUCUUUUUUAUUAUUUUUUCUUUAGACUAAAAAUAAAACAACCUUAUUCAUAGGAAGUCUAAUAUUGAUUCAAUUAAGCUUAUGCUUAUUUCUAAUUCAAAAUGAAAGAAACUCUUAAAAUCAAAGUACAGCAUAUGUUAUCAUUGUACAUUUUAUCACAACGCAUUUAUUUAAGGAUUUUAUAAGAUUUCAAAAAUAGUUGUUUAGAUGUAGAUUAUUUUGGCUUGUUCUAUUACUUUAAUCAAGUUGUUUGUAGAUUCUCUAUAUAUAUUAAACUUAAUAAAUGGACAUAUCCUUUUAUUAAUGUAUAAUUUAUUUGUUGUUCUCCUUGGUCAUCAAUUUUGCCAAUGGAAUGAAAAAAUUCUUCAUUCCAAAAAACAAAUAAAGUGAUUAGUAACAUAAUUAGAAUAUAGAUUAAAUAAUAACUAGGAAAGAUCGAGCAUCUUCAUAGUUAGAUACAGAUAAGAUGUCUCCAAAAAGUAAAGAAUACCCUUUCUAUAAUUUUCUAAUGCCAGAUUAUUAAUUUCCAAAACAUGUUUUAAACACAAAUAUAUUGGAUGUUAUGAUGGAAUUUACACAUGAAGGGUUAGUAGUUUUAAGAUUAAAUUAAUUGAAUUAAGAAAUGGAGAUAGUAUUUUCAAACGUAGCAUCAAAGACAUUGUUUUCAGCUAACUCAGCAAAAGAAAUAAUUGACAUUUUUAAUUCUUUAAACAACAUCAAAUAUUAAUAACAUGAUUCAUAAGAGGAUAAUUUAUUAAUAAUAAACCAAUAAAAAUAAUUAUGUAAAAGCAUGGCUUUUUUAAAGAAUGAUUUGAUAAAUUAAUCCAUUAAUCCUAAUUUUUAAGGUUUAUUAGAAUUCAAUCAAGAAAAUAAUAUAGUAAAAUAAUUUAAAGAAAUUUUUAGUAAGUUUAAAUAAAAUAGUCCUUAGAAUGAAUUUUUUACUUUGCAUACAUUUUACCCUAAUAAUGGAAUGACAAUAUCUUCCAGUGAAAAAAAGGCUGAGAAAAUGUUGGAACUUACUAUAACAAAAAAGGAGAACAACUUAUUCUUUAUAUUAAUUAGAGAUAUAACUCAUAAAUAAAAAAUCAAAUAUUUGAGAGAAUAUGAUUUAUAAAAAUCAAAAAUGUUAUCCUAUGUUAGUCAUGAAUACAGAUCUCCUCUUAAUUGCAUUAUUUAAAUGAUAGAAAAUGUACUGCACACUAAUUAAUUAACAAUGGAUAACACUGAAAUGCUUUAAGCUGCUUUGGAUAAUUCAUAUUAUAUUUUAAAUUUAUCAAAUGAUUUAUUAGACUUAGCUUAAAUAAAGAAUGGCAAAUUUGCAAUAUAACAAACUAAAUUUAAUUUGGAAUAAUUAAUCAAAGAAUGUUUGAAGUUGUUUGCAUUGAAGGCUAAGAUAUUAAAAUUAAACAUAUCAUAUAUAUAUGAUAAUGCAGCUCCCUCUAUAGUUUUGAGUGAUAGGAACAGAAUCAAAUAAAUUCUGGUUAAUUUAUUGAGCAAUAGCUUUAAAUUUACAUCUAGUCAAAUAACUAUUCUCGUAUCUUAUAUAGAUAAUAAAACAAUCAGAAUAGGUGUUCAAGAUAAUGGUAUUGGUAUUUCUGAUGAAGAUUAAAAGAAGUUAUUCAAAUAAUUUUCGAAAGUUAAUUCUGAAGAGAGUAGAAAAAGGAAUGAGAAUGGAGUGGGAUUAGGAUUGGUUAUCAGUAAUCAGAUAGCAAGUUCGAUAGGCUGUGGAGGUUUAUAGAUAGAUUCAAAGUUAAAUUAAGGUACAUACUUUUUCUUUAACAUGUAAAUCUAAUCAACUAGACUGAGGAAAGUAUCAAGUUGUCGCAUCAAAGAAAAUUUAGGUUAGUCCUAAGAAGUUGAUGAAGGGCAGGCAUUUUUGUUAGAACCUCAAAAAUCAAUCGAUUAAGAACCAGCCCUUAUUAGAUGUUCACAUAUUUUAAUAGUUGAUGAUGAAAUUUUCAAUGUUUUCACAUUCACUAAAUUACUGAAUAAAAAGUAAAUAUUGAUUUGAUAAUUAGAAAAAUUUUAGACAUUGAUUCAGCAUCAAAUGGUAGUGAAUGCAUUGAAAAGAUGAAAAAUAAAAAAUGUUCUUAAACUUGUAGUGGUUAUAAAUUAAUUUUUAUGGAUUUAGAAAUGCCUAUAUUGAAUGGUUUUAAUGCUUCUAAGGAAGCACUUAAGAUUAAUCCAAAUUAAAUUAUCAUUGCUUGUUCAGGAUAUACAGAUCAAAAGGAGAAAGAAGAAUGUAAGAAAAUAGGUGUAUUGAAUUAUCUCGUAAAACCUAUCAGAGAUCAAGAAUUAAACGAUAUUUUAAAAGAGUAUUAUUUUUGA